AUGGCGUUAGAUCAGUUUCGUGUGGACUGGGACCCAAACUCCCUCCAAACAUUCUUCAAUGACGCUGACCAGCGGGAUGCUGUGCCUGAGUCACCUACUCUGCACUUUUUUAACUGGAAGGAGACCGAUUCCUUAGGUCGGACGAGGUCGAUUGGCUCAAGGUUCUGGCAUCUUUUCUUCUCCAGCCUAGAUAUUCCUGACGAACACGAGUGGCACUUUGAAAGACCGUUGGGCAAGGCAUUCGUCCUGAAAGUCGCAGAUGUCGAACCACGCAUCUUCAUUCCCGCAAACGGGAGGACGAUCAACCUGACUGACGAAGCGGCCAUAAUGGCGCAGACCAACGAUCUCGGGUCGGACAAUCUCGUGCGCCUCCGUCAAUACAAAGUCGACCAACAAUACUGCCGAUACUACCUUGAAUUUUGCGAGUUUGGCACGUUGGAGACUCUCAGGCUGAGAUACAAAGCAUGGAAUCGAUACCUUCCCGAGCCUUUUCUCUGGCAUACGUUCUAUUUCCUGGCAAACGCGUAUCUGGACCUUUGCACGGGUCCGUAUCGGAGCCUGAAGUUUUGGAAUUUCGGACAGGCACACCCCGGCCAGUAUCUCCUGCACAACGAUCUCAAGACGGACAAUAUAUUCCUGGCGGACCAUACGAACAGGGACGAGGGGGCUAUAUGGUAUCCCGUACCCAAGAUCGGUGACUUUGGCUUGGCCACGACGACCAACCCCGACGAACUCACGACAAAUACGGCCGCUGCCUUACAACGAGGCACUGAAGUGUGGGCACCACCAGAACUACGUAUCCGGCUUAUGCAGCGCGGCGUCCGGUAUCAUUUUGAAGAGGACGUCAACCCUCAAUUCCUGAUCGACGGCAACGUCAGUCUGCAUCGAAUCCGGCCCGAGGCCAAUAUAUGGGCCAUCGGCGCCGUCAUGUGGACCCUGAUGACGAUGGAGGAGAUUGAUGAACUCAGCGAAAGAGUCGACGACAUCUUGCUGAGCCAAGGACGAGCCUGGCGGGCUUUUGACAGGGUCAAUGUCGUCGGCAGCGUCGGCCCGGAAAUCACCAGCCGCUACAGUCCCCAGCUCAUCGCGCUCAUCCGGGAAUGCACGAGGUUGAAACCAGGCGAUCGACCGCAGCCGGACCGCUUGGUGGAGGACGUCUUUGAGAACCUGGUCCGGUGCUUCGAGCGCGAGCAGGAAGUGUUCCUGCGCACGGGCGACCCCUCUCGCCUCAAGGUGGCCUUUGGCCACGACGACAUCAACGAUCUGCCCGACGGCGGCGCCCGAUUCCCCAAGCAGCCCAUUUUCUGGGACGACUUUGCCGACCAUCUCCUCUGGAGUCCCAAGGAUGUCGACCUCGUCUGUCCGCCCUCGGCGCCCGAGUAUCUCCCCUUUGACGACCAGUGGCCCGCUCCGCUGCGCAAGAGAUUCAACGACAGAUGGAGUCGGGCGGUGCAGAAACGAGAUCGAAGAGCCGCCGCCGAGAUGGCCCAAGCGGCCCAAGCCGCAACAACAUCACUACCACCUGCGGUGACCACUACCUUCGGUCAACAUCAAUAUCAACAUCAACAUCAACAGCCCGCGGCCUCAUCUCAGCCGUUACCAACCCAGCAGGGGGGCCCAGACCGCAACACCCAUUUCCACCACAAGCGUUAG